CGCCGACUGAGCUGACUGUGCUCAAUUUUAAACGAUAUUUGCAUCGAUUGACGUUAUCACUUAUCGGAUGUUCUAAUUGUGAACUACGACCCAGUUUUAGUCGUAAAAUGACGCUCAAGUUGGCGUUGUGCUUGUGUUUGUGCGUGUGCGGUGUUCACAAUUUAAAAUUGGAGCAGGUGCUGAUGUUCAGCCGCCACAACAUUCGGCAGCCGCUGACCGACAACCUGCAGCGGUUCGGCGCGGACGUGCCCGCCUCCAAAUACAAGGCGGGCGAAUUGACACCCAAAGGAGCGGUGCUAGAGAAAUAUAUGGGCGAGUACCUUGCGAACUGGCUGCACGAGACCGAUUUACUCCCGAGAGGCUGUCCCGACGAAAAUGUAGUCUAUGUGUACGCCAACACUCGGCAGAGGACCAGGAAGACCGCCAAAGCGUUCGUGGAAGGUGCGUUCCCGAGCUGCAACGUUGUAGUAUACAGCAUCGACUCCGAACAAAUGGACCCAAUUUUCAAUCCGAUUUUCCGAAACACCUCGCAGCAUACGAAGGAAGUGAUAAUCGGCGAAAUGAAAAGUAACCUAAAGAAACUUAACAUAAAAGAUUCAUAUGUGGAGUUGGACAGAAUGAUCGAUUUGACCGAUGCACCUAUUUGCAAGGAGGAACAUUUUUGCAGUUUCGCGAAUACGAGCGACACUAUUUUUUAUGAAAUCGGCAAGGAGCCGAAUUUGAUCGGGCCCCUAAACUAUGGAAAUGUAAUGGUGGACGCGUACCUGAUGGCGUACUUCGACGGCAUGCCGAUGGAGAGCAUCGCUAAUGGCAAACUAAAAAACUUAGAACGGCUGGAGCUGCUGGGAAAAAUAACUGAAGCGAACCUCGUCGUUCGUUUUUAUAGUCCAAAUUUAGGUAGAGAAAUAGCUCAACCGCUGCUGAACUAUAUUUAUGAUGCCUUAAAGACUGAAAGGAAAUUUAUUCUUAUGAUGGGACAUGAUGCGAACAUGCAAUCGUUACUAGCCGCGCUGGAGUUCAAGGACUUUGUGCUUCCGGAGCAAAUACAGAGUACCCCUAUUGGAGGGAAAUUAGUUUUCCAACGAUGGGUCGAUGAAGAUACCAAUGAAAGAUUUUUAAAGAUCAGCUAUGUUUAUCCCACUAUGAAACAAAUAAGGGACGGUGUUAAACUUUCCGUAGAGAAUCCACCGCGAUGGGUGGUGGUUGAGUUAAAUAAGUGUGCAACCAGUUCAAAUGGACUAAUUUCCUGGAAAUGUUUUAUGAGUUUAUUAGAGAACGUAAAAUAAAAUGUACUCUGUAUUUUAAUAAUUAAUAA